AUGUUCAACCCAUUCGACCGCCGCGCGAAAACCGCGCCCUCGCACUACCCGAAACUCAUGUUCCAUGCCGUGCGAUUCUUCCAAUUGCUCAGCAGCUGCGUGGUUGGGGGGAUUAUGUGCUAUUUCAUCUGGCACUUGACGCACGAUCAUUGGUCUACACCGUGGACGUUCAUUUGGCUCACCGCCGCCUCCCUCUUCAGCAUCGCCGCCUUGCUCUUCACGAUCGUGCUCCACUGCUGCAUCGGCCUGAACCCGCGCCUCAACCUCGUGAUCAAUUCGGGCUUGUUUGUGCUCUGGGCGCUGAGCUGGUCGCUUCUGACGUGGUAUAUGAGCGGGACGCUGGCGAAUAUGUGCGAUGUGGAGCAUUGGAAUGAGGAGGUCGGGGUUAUGGUGUGUAGGAUUUAUAAGGCGCUGUUUACGUUUACUUUGCUGGGACUGGUGUCGACUAUUAUGGCUUUGAUUUUGGAUAUCAUUGUGCAUCGCCAGCAAACACGUCGCGGAGUCUACCGGCUGCAUGAUAUUGAUGGGCCAGCGAAACGGGGCGUCAGACCGGAGGCCACGCGCGGUCCCUUCACCGAUGACGAACACGCGAUGCACACGCGCGAGAGCGAAGCUUGGGAGGCACCAAGGCCAUCGACUGGGCCUUACAACGAGGCUGCUGCGCCGUUGGCGGGAGGGUAUGCUGUGCCGGAGCAGCAGUUUGAGUAUGAUACCGGAUAUCAUGGCGGGCACGAAGGGAAGAGGUGA